AUGGAUCCUUCUCCAAUAGCUCAAGAGCCUCGAGUAGUAGAAUCACCUGCGAUUGAUCCAUCUCCGAUAGCUGAGAAGCCUCAGUCAGUAGAAGCACCUGCGAUUGUCCCUUCUCCGAUAGCUCAGGAGGCCGACAAGGAUGUUCCGGCGCCGGGAAAGCAGUUUGCUGAGUUCGCCGCAGGAUGUUUCUGGGGAGUGGAGCUUGCUUUCCAGAGGAUCCCUGGCGUGACCGAGACUGAGGUUGGGUACACUCAUGGGAUCUCGCACAAUCCGUCUUACGAGGCUGUCUGUACCAACACAACGAACCACGCAGAGGUUGUUAGGGUUCAGUAUGAUCCCAGUGAGUGCACCUACGAGACGCUGCUUGAUUUGUUCUGGUCUAGGCAUGAUCCCACCACCUUGAAUCGUCAGGGAAAACUAGUGGGAGCUCAAUACCGAUCAGGUAUAUAUUUCUACACACCAGAGCAAGAGAAACUAGCACGAGAAUCUCUGGAGAAACAGCAGAAAAAGCUGGAGAAUAAGAUUGUGACUGAGAUCUUACCGGCAAAGAGAUUCUACAGAGCAGAAGAAUACCAUCAGCAAUACCUCGCCAAAGGCGGGAGGUAUGGCAACGCCCAAUCCCCUGCAAAGAGCUGCAAGGACCCUAUCCGCUGCUACGGCUAG